GUCGAGCUCGACGCGUGGCUCGCCAAGACGAAGACGCUCAUGACGCUCGAGCGCGACGCGGAGGUGGAGCAGAGCGAGGGCGCGCUGCGCGAGAUGUCCCCCGCGACCGCGGCGAAGCGCGGGAGGGCGCUCCUCGGGCUGAAGAUCGUGGACGCGCGAGGCGGGCUCCUCGGGAAGACGGUGCUGACGUUUGAGUCGUCCAAGCGACCGACGGCGGCGGCGCCGCCGCUGCCGCCGCACAAGUUCACGCCGCACGACGUGGUGUGCGUGCGGCCGAGCAAGGGCGUCGGCGGGGGCGAGCCGAUCGCGGCGGGGGUGGUGUACAGGGUGAAGGACACCGCGAUAGAGGUGGCGGUGGACGACGCGCCGGACUCCGACGGCGUGGACCAGGCGGUGCGCCUCGAGAAACUCUCCAACGAGACGACGCACAAGCGCCUGCGCGCGGCGCUCGAGAGGCUGGGAAGCGCCCCGCGCGGCGGCGGCGGCGCCGCGAGCGGGAGCGGCCCCGGUGGCGGCGGAGCCUACGGCCGCGUCGUCGACGUCAUGUUCGGCAAAACCCCGCCGCGCUUCGCGAAACGCGACGCCGCGGACGACGGUUUCGCGCGGUUCUUCAACCCGCGCCUGGACGCGUCGCAGAAGGACGCGGUCGCGCACGCGCUGCGAGCGGUGGAUCUCGCGCUGAUACACGGGCCGCCCGGCACGGGAAAGACCACCGUCGUCGUCGAGUACGUCGCGAGAGAAGUGGCGCGCGGCGCGAGGAUUCUGUGCUGCGCCGCGUCCAACGUCGCCGUGGAUAACCUCGUCGAGCGGCUCGCGAGAAUCACGCGGCUCGGGCACCCCGCGCGUCUCCUCGCGUCGGUGUUGGAAAACAGCCUGGAGGCGCAGGUGUUGAGGUCCGACAAUUCGUCGCUCGCGCGCGACUGCGAGCGCGAGAGCGCGGCGCUUCGACGACGGCUUCUGAAACUCGCAGACGCGAAGACGAGGGAAGGUGCGUUCUCACUAGAGCUGCGGCGGCUCGCGAAGGAGACGCGAGCGCGGCAGCGGCUCGCGGUGGACGAGGUCGUCGCGUCGGCGAACGUCGUGUGCUGCACGCUCGCCGGCGCGCUCGGCGGGGUUUUGAAGGACCAGGCGCGUUCCACGUUCGACGUCGUCGUCAUCGACGAAGCCGCGCAGGCGCUCGAGGCGUCGUGCUGGGGCGCGAUCAUGCGCGGCGGGAAAGUCGUCCUCGCGGGGGAUCACCUGCAGCUCCCGCCGACGGUGCUCUCCGACGUCGCCGCGAGAGAGGGGUUAUCGGAGACGCUCUUUCAGCGCGCGCACGCCAAGUGGUAUCGCGAAAACGUCGCCGUCAUGCUCACGACGCAAUACAGGAUGCACGAGGACAUCAUGAGGCGCGUUCUUUGGGCGUCGAACGCGAUGUACGACGGGGCGUUACUCGCGUCCGAGGACGCGAGAGGGCGGACGUUACGGAGCGCGUCGGGCGCGCCGUUGGGCGCGCUGCAGCUGGUGGACACCGCCGGAUGCGACUGCGACGAGAGGCAGGAAGAGGAGGGCGCGUCGAGGGAUAACCCGGGCGAAGCCGCGGUGGCGAUGCGAAUCGUCGCGGACUUGAUCUCAUCCGGCGCGGUCGCCGCGGAUGACGUGGGGAUCAUCACGCCGUACAGCGCGCAGGUCGGGACGCUUCGGGACCUUCGCGCGGCGAACGACGCGCUGUUCAAGGGCGUCGAGAUAUCCACCGUGGACGGGUUCCAAGGCAGAGAGAAAGAGGCGAUCGUCAUAAGCGCGGUGCGAUCCAACGACAGAGGCGACGUCGGAUUUCUAUCGGACGCGCGGCGGAUGAACGUCGCGGUGACCCGAGCGCGCGCGCGGUGCGUUCUCGUGUGCGACACGGAGACGAUCGCGAGGAAGGACGCGUUCCUCGCGGGGCUCGUGAAGCACUUCGAGACGCGCGGGGAGUACAUCUCCGCCGCGGAGCUCCAGGAGGAUUGACGCGUACGUAGCUGAAAAAAAUGAUUCACC